AUGACUUCACAAAACAUUUCUGACGAAGACUGGAAUGCGGGAGAUUUGCUGAAAGAGCUUGAUAAGCUCAUUGCUGCUGAAGAACGCGUCGCGGAGAUGAUUCGUGAUAACGAACCUCUCGCGAAACGUAAAGGCAGAGAACAACAAAUGGGGAAUCGACCCGAGCAGGCUCAAAAAGGAAAAUCCCCGUUCUCGCAAAAGAAAUGCAUCUACUGUCAAAGUACAGACCACAAUUCGCUGAGAUGUUCAAAGGUGCGCGACAUCAGCGGACGUAUCGAGCAAAUGAAACAAAAGAAGUUGUGCAUCAACUGUGGAAAAGAAAACCAUUUUGUCCAGGAAUGCUUGAGUAAAGGUUGCAUCCGAUGUGACAAGAAGAAGCACCACUUUUCCAUUUGCCCUAAACUCAUGGAAGAAAUCAAUAGCGACCUUAUGAGUAACGCAAGGGAUAGUUUACAUUCCUCACAGUCAGCGCGGAGCAUCAGCGAAAAGAAAACUCGCUCGCGCAACAGAGGAAACGUACAGUGCAUAGAAACUAGGGACCGAGACCCCCCUGCUAAUCAUGUUGAACUCACUUGUAGCGAACAGGUCCUUAACUCGGAAUGUGAAGCCUUCGCUGAAAGCCAUGCCGGGAAAACAAACGUUUUCUUACUCACGGUAACUGCGCGUAUACAACAUCCUAAGACUCAGGCCACCCAGGAGGUUCAAAUCCUCCUUGACACCGGAGCGGAUAAUUCAUUUAUCCAAAAACACCUGGCAGACGAACUUGAGCUUCCAACACUGCGCACAACCGAGUUACUGAUGUAUACCUUCGGUUCUAAGAAACCCACACCCUGUACUUAUGGCGUCACUAGCGUACGCUUAUGGGACAAUCACGAUCAGCCCCUGGAUCUAACCCUUUGUAAGACCGAUACCAUCUCAGGAAAAGGCAAACAAGUCGUUUUAGAUGAGUGGGAUAGGGAAUACCUGGCCAAGGAGCACAUAGAUCUUCCCAACCCUGACGGAUCCAUCAUACGGCCUAAAAUAUUGUUAGGGUGCGAUCAGAUGUGGAACCUGAUAAAAUUCCCUUGUAAGGGGCAUGUAUUGCCUUCAGGAUUGCACAUAAUUCCCUCGCGAUUAGGCUACCUCCUUACUGGGAAAAGCGCUUUAAAAGAAGAAAAAGCUUCUAGCGGGACCUGCAAUUUCAACGAAUCUGAUUGCGACAUCUCCUUUGAGGCAGAAGAUGAAACAGACAAGUGGGAUCGAUACUGGACGAUCGAUUCCGCUGGAAUUGAAGAAUUCACAGGCCCUACGAAGAUAGAGCGCGCAACCGUAGCAAAAAGAGUGCACCAUGACUUCAACGCUACGAUUGAAAGGCGCAGCGAUGGUUAUUAUGUGCGACUGCCCUUUAAAGACAAUCGCGACUCCUUGCCAACGAACUACAAGCUUGCUCAACGAAGACUUUCCAGUGUGCUACAAAAAUUGCGAGAGAAGCCAGAACUUCUCAAACAGUACAACGCAGUCUUCGAGGAGCAGCUUGAGAAAGGGGUAAUCGAAAAAGUCACAUCAAAAGAACAAUUGGGUUCGGGGCACGUGCACUACCUCCCCCAUCAAGCGGUACUGACCCCUAAAAAAGAAACUACUAAGUUACGUAUUGUUUUCGACGCGGCCUCCCAUUACAAAGAUUGCCCAGCGCUAAAUGAGGUAUUACAUCAAGGUCCCACUUUAUUGCCCGACCUCUACGCAGUCCUUUUGCGCUUCAGACUCGAGCCAUACGUGGCAACUGCAGAUGUCGAAAAAGCAUUUCUGCAAAUAAGGCUGCACGAAGAUGACAGAGAUGUCACGAGAUUUUUAUGGGUACGGGAUCUGACCCUACCACCUGAAAACGAUAACUUAGUAUGCUUUCGCUUUACAAGAGUUCCGUUUGGCUUAAAUGCUUCACCGUUUCUCCUAGGAGGGACGAUACAGUUCCACUUACAGAAAUCGGUAAGCGACCAUGCCUUGGCCCAACAAAUUCAACACAAUUUAUAUGUGGACAAUCUUGUUUUGGGAGCAGAGACUCCUGAGGAGUUAGGCCAUAAAUCCGAAGCAGCGCGAGCAAUUUUUUGCGAUAUGAAAUUGAAUUUGAGAGAAUUCUUGUCAAAUACUGAGCACGUGACAUCUGUCAUUCCACGCGACAAGUGCGCGAAAACAGAAAGCCAGAAAGUCCUGGGAAUUCUCUGGCACUCCAAACAAGACUCCCUACAAAUUUCUUGUAACUUUCCCAACAAAACAUUCAUCACGAAACGAACGGUAACCCAGCAAAUUGCCUCUAUUUAUGACCCGUUAGGGUGGUUAGUCCCAAUCAUGGUAUUACCGAAACAAUUCCAACAGAACUUAUGGAGACAUGACUAUGCUUGGGACCAAAAGCUCUCCCAGCCACAUCAAGAUCAGUGGGAAAAAAUUUUGCACGCUAUCAACGGGAUCGACAAAGAGAUCAAACGUUACAUACCUAUUUGCGAAGCUAACCAGUUAGCCCUAUUCUCGGACGCAAGCGAAAACGCUAUGGCAGCCUGCGCGUAUUUGGUUUCGGAAAAUAGCGCUUCCCUGUUGAUGGCCAAAUCAAAACUGCCCUCCAUCAAAACACGGAUAACGAUACCCAAAGUUGAAAUGAAUGCCUUGGCUAUAGCAGGUAGAUUAGCUUUAUCAAUACUUAAUGCCUUAUUAGCCAAAGUCCAUACAAUAAGAAGGGUGCUAUUCUUUUCCGAUUCUCAAAUCGUGUUAGGAUGGACAAAAAAGGGCCCCCACGAACGUGAUUUAGGGAAAUUAGUGACUAAUCGUAUAAAAGAGCUACAAAACAUAGUCACAACCAUACGAUCAAUGGGUCCAGAAGUGGCUUUCGGAUAUGUCCCAAGUGAAUGUAACCCAGCCGACGCCGGCACGCGUGGAUUAUCUCGAGAACAGUUCCUUGAUCAUUACUGGUGGACUGGACCAAAUUUUCUGCGCAACCCAAACGGAGACUGGACACAAUCACUUUUCACCAUAGAGAGCCCUGCAACGGCAAACGAAACACUGGCAUUCACCGUUGUAUCAGAGAAUAAAUCCCAAAUAUUCCCAUGGCAUCGCCAUAGUUCUUACAUACAAGCGCAAAGAACAAUGGCGUGGGUGCUACGCUUCCUCCGAGCCUUCACAAAACACCUGCAACCAGCGCACCAACUACGUGUUUACACCACUAUCCCACUUCUGAAAAGCGAUGCUCAAACCGACGAGAAAGCGCUGACGGGAGCUGAAAUACGACAAUCAAAAAUGCUUCUCAUAAGACUCCACCAAGCAAACUUCUCUGAGGACUACAUUAAAUCUAUGGACAACACACUCAAAUUAUUCAAAGACUCUAUGGGCUUAUGGAGGGUAAGAGGGCGACUAGGGUCAACUACACUAGAAGAUUCCGCAAAGUUCCCUAUUCUUAUUUCCCCAAAGUCUGAAAUAGCCGACCUCAUUCUGCGAGAUGCGCAUGGCAAAUUCCAUAGUGGCAUCGCUCACACAAUGUCUACGGUUAGACAGGAGUAUUGGAUACCAAGGUUGCGGCAAAAAACUAGUAAUCUAAUCCAGCAUUGUGUACGCUGCAGACGAUUCAAUGCUGCGCCAUAUUUUUACCCUGCAAUGCCGGAUUUGCCAGCUAGAAGAGUUCAGCAAAGUGCUCCAUUCCAACACAUAGGGCUAGACUUUUUUGAUCUACCCAAAGUGCUAGAUGGGAGCUCUUCAGUGAAAGUGUAUGGUUGUAUUUUCACCUGCGCGGUAACGCGGUUGAUACACCUGGAAGUCGUGACCAACAUGGGAACGAUAGCCUUCUUCAAUGCCCUGAGACGUUUUUUCUCACGAAGAGGAAUUCCAAGCUCUAUAACGUGCGAUAAUGCGCCAACUUUUAUUUUGUGCGAGGAACUUUUGAGAGCAGCAAUACAAAAUGCAGAAUCCAACCCCCUCAUAGCCAACAAUAACAUCGACUGGAAACACAUAACCCCUUACGCACCAUGGCAAGGGGGGUUUUAUGAAAGGCUUAUCCAAACAGUCAAACGUUCGCUGUAUAAGGCUUUGGGUCGAGCGUUGCUAGAUCUAGACACCCUCACCACUGUGAUCACUGAGGUCGAAGCUAGUUUGAACACGCGGCCCUUAACCUAUCAAGAGGCAGAGCCAGAAAAUCUGAAACCUCUUCGGCCGAUCGAUUUUAUACAGAAGAACAUGACGAUCACUUAUCCUCUUGACACGAUUACAGUGGACACAUCAGAUCCGGACUAUCACCCGCCAGCUUUAGCUCACGCGCUUCAAACUAGAAAACAAGCGGAAGAGGCGCUGCAAUCGUAUUAUGCAGUCACUCAAAAAACGUGGGAAAUAUGGCAUACUCAUACCUCUUAA